AUGUUCUGGCUCACAAAGAAAGUUUCUGAGCUUCUGGAGAUGUCUACUCACCAAAUCAACCUGCUUACUUCACCUACUUUCUUACCAAAGGUGAAGGAUCAAGGGAAAUUCACUCUCCCUUGCACACUUGGGCAUAUUGAGCUUGACAAUGCCUUGGUGGAUUCUGGUGCAAGCAUCAACCUCAUCUCACUCACAAUGGCAGAAAAUAUUGGCAUUGCUGGAGCAUUGCAGCGCCCUACUACUUCAAUCAUGUUUGGAGAUGCAACUUCUAAGUCUCCUCUUGGUGUGUUCAAGAACUAUCACUUGAAAAUUGGAGAAUGCAUCAUCCAAACUGAUCUUACUGUCAUGGAGAUGGAAGAAGAGAAGGAUCUACCUCUGCUAUUGGGAACCCCAUUCCUUAGCACAGUUGGCGCUUCAAUAGACUUUCACAAGCAAGAAGUGAUUCUUCACAAGGUGAAUAGUUUGGUGUCAUAUCGCUUGCAGCCUAGAGGUUCAGACUUUUGUGCCACAAUUGAAAGCACUACUCUCAGUUCCAAGACUCAUGAAGCUACAAAGGUUGUGAAGGAAAGGGUUGACAAAGAACCAAGAGUUGGGAAGGAUAAGGUUGAGAAGACAAAGGAGUUGAUAAGGGACCAAGGAUUGAGAAGCCACGUCUUGAGAGGGCUAGAGAAGCGCUCAAAAAGAAGGUGUAAGGCAGAGAAAAGAAAGAUCCCACCAGCUCAGGCCCUCACCAAGCCAUCUCAGCUCACAAUGACCUUGUUCCCCACCAAGUUUGAAAAUGGGAAGAUUGAGUACAAGAUAAGGUACAAGGGGAGAUCAAGACCAUUCUCUAGAGCCAAGGCCUUGGUCACUUCAGAGCAGUCCAGGGACCCAACCAAGCUAAAGGAGCUUCUGUCUCAAGUCCUCACUAUCACCCUUGAUGGUGGGACUAGCUCAACCAAUGCCUAA